AUGUCUCCUUUGCGUGUUCUCGUUACCGGUGCUGCUGGCCAAAUUGGCUAUUCUCUUGUACUUCAAAUCGCCAAAGGAGAUGUCUUCGGAAAGGAGACUCCGAUUGUCCUCGUACUUCUUGACAUUCCACCGAUGGCAACUGCUCUUGAAGGAGUGCAAUACGAACUUCAGGACUGUGCCUUGGCAAACCUCAAAGGUGUGGAAUGCGUGACCACAGAGAAGGAAGCCUUUACGGACAUCGACUAUGCCUUCCUUGUCGGAGCUAUGCCCCGAAAGGAGGGUAUGGAACGUAAGGAUCUUCUCGCAGCGAAUGUAAAAAUCUUCAAAUCUCAGGGCAAGGCAUUGGCUGACUUUGCCAAAGCUACUACCAAGGUGAUUGUUGUUGGAAACCCUGCCAACACGAACGCCUUUAUCUGUGCCAAAUAUGCUGCUCCAAAGAUUCCCGCUCGUAACUUCUCCGCUAUGACUCGAUUGGAUCAUAAUCGCGCUACUGCUCAGCUAGCAAUGAAGGCUGGAGUCGGUGUCGGUGAUGUGAAGAAUGUAAUCAUUUGGGGAAAUCACUCGAGCACUCAGUUCCCUGACGUCAAGCAUGCUACUGUGACGAAAGGUGGCCAGGCUGUCGACGCCUACAGUGCUGUCAAUGAUAUGGAGUUUUUGCAUGGUCCCUUCAUCUCGACCAUCCAAAAACGAGGAGCUGUCAUUAUCCAGAAGCGUAAGCUUUCAUCAGCCAUGUCUGCCGCCAAGGCCGCAUGUGACCACAUCCACGACUGGCAUUUCGGUACCAAGCCUGGUGAAUGGGUCUCAAUGGCUGUCCCUUCUGAUGGAUCAUACGGUAUUCCAAAUGGACUGAUGUUCUCGUUCCCUGUGACAAUCGAUGGAGCAACAAAAGAAUGGAAGAUUGUCCAAGGGCUCUCCAUCGAUGACUUUGCAAAGGGCAAACUCGCUGAAACUCAGAAGGAACUCGAAGAGGAACGUGACGAAGCGUUGAAGGCUUGCGAUGCUGCCAGCAUGUAA